UGAAAUACGUGGGAGUGGUGGAAAUUUGAUGAUACUGGUUACACGUGUCACGUCCUUUUGUUUUCAUAAGUCUCAUAAUAUAUUAUUGAAUAAAAGGAUUACAUAAUUACUUUGGAAAACAAAUACUCAAGAUGAGAGCCGUACUGUUUGUCGGUUUAUUUUCGAUGAUCCUUCUGGCGGAAUCUAUGGAUAUGGAAAUCGAUAUAAAUCAUGUGAAAUGUUUAGUUUGUAGAGCAACCAUGAAAGAAGUAGACGUUGAAGUACUUAAAGAUCACCCGGACGUAUUAGUUAAUGUAGGUGGUUUCAGGAUGGAUGCUCAGGGAAAUACUGUGUACAAAGAGGUACCACUAAGACAGUCGGAAGUACAUAUCUCUGAAAUUUUAGACAAUAUUUGUGAGAAGAUGAAUGAUUAUGUGCGAGUGAUAGGGAAGUACGAUAAUCGUCUAAGACUCGUCAACCUCCUGUCUUCACCAAGUGUCAUGAAUCCUGAACUAAGUGACGUCGAAGUAAUUCAAGAUGGUGAUUUAAACAAAAGUUUGCCGUAUUAUUGCGGCGUCAUAGUAGGAGAAUACGAAGAUGAUAUAAUAUCGUUAUAUGUUAAUAAAGAGGAUAAUAAGACAGAAAGGUUUUGUACAAAUAUUUCACGCAUUUGCGAGAAAUAUGUCGAUGAAAAUGAAGAUAGCGAAACUGAUUCCAUAACUGAGCGACCUGGACACACAAAUGAAGAAUUAUAAACGAAUUGAGAACAACUCCGAAUGAAUGCGCAAAUGUUACUAUAUUUAAGUAAGUUAAAUGCAGAAGUGUUCAAGUAUAUUAUAUAUCAAAUUAUAUUUAUUUAAUAAAAGUUUUUGAAGAGUU